AUGGCGAUGCCAGUGUAUUUCAGGGAUUUUGGAACUAUUAGGUUAGCAGCUCUGCUGUUCCUGCUCACACAGGAGAAGUACAAAGUGGAAACAAGAGUUAUUGUGGCGGACUUUGGAGAGAGAGAAGAUAUUUACAGUAGAAUCAAAGCGGGAUUGGAAGGCCUGGAGAUUGGCGUUUUAGUCAACAACGUGGGAAUUUCGUAUGCUUAUCCUGAAUAUUUUAUUGAUGUUCCAGACCUGGAUAAUACAAUUGACAAAAUGAUUAACAUUAACAUCAUGUCCGUUUGUAAGAUGACACGAUUGGUGCUGCCCGGCAUGCUGGAAAGAUCAAAAGGAGUAAUCCUGAAUAUCUCCUCAGCUGCUGGGAUGUAUCCAACUCCACUGCUGACUCUUUAUUCUGCAACAAAGGCUUUCGUGGAUUACUUCUCCCGAGGCCUCCAUGCAGAAUACAAGAGCAAGGGCAUCAUUGUGCAGAGCGUUCUACCCUACUUUGUGGCAACAAAACUGUCCAAAAUCCGCAAGCCGACCUUCGACAAGCCCAGUCCUGAGACGUACGUGCGAGCCGCCAUCGGCACGGUGGGGCUGCAGACCCAGACCAACGGCUGCCUGCCGCACGCGCUCAUGGGCUGGGUCUUCUCUCUUCUGCCUUUACCUGCUGCCAUGAGUUUACUUAUGAGAACAAACAAACAAUUACGUGCUCGUUAUUUGAAAAAAAUGAAGGAAAAGUAAGUUGCAGACAGCUUGAUCUUGGAAGUCUGGGACACCUGCAAGUUCCAUACCCACAU